AUGGUGCAGAAACUCGAGAACGAGGCCGACGUCCGACGAUCAGCCAAAGAACCCACCUUCUCCAAAAAGCCGUCUUGCUGUUUUAAAACGAAACAAGAAACUGCUCACACACAGAAUCAGACGAAGUGGGAGGAGCGCAAGGUGACGUCAUUGGAAGAAGCCUUCACGAAGCUUGUGGACAUGAACGCUUUAGUUGCUCGGCCGGCUAAUGAUACGAAGAAGAAUCCAUUUGAUCAUAUUCUAAAUCCACCCAAGGCUGUGCUGCAUAAUUUCCCAGUAUCGAGGGUGUCUUUAUUGCUCGAGAUACGACUGAUGCACGAGCUUUUGGAAUUGUUUUCGGCCAACCUGAUAGUUGUUUUUGAGAUGAAGAAGAAGCACAUUGAACAAGUCAAGCAACAGCAGGAAGAGCGGAAGGAGACAACACCAGUCGAUGGUGUAGCGGUUGCAGACCUAUUAGAUUUGGAAACGGAAGUACAGCAAAUCGAACAAGGUUUACAUCAAUUGGAACAGAUACCGACGAACACGGAUGCGUUCGGCGCAACUCCAUUCGCUGACCCGUUCCAAGACAGCUUAACCAACAAUGUUUCCAUUAAUGGGUCUUAUGGAAGUGCUGCAUUGAAUGGUGCGGCUCAUAAUCCACAUCAGUUCCAACAGACGUUCAAUGCUCACUCGCAAAGUACAGUGUGGCCUCAGCCUCCAGCAGUACCACCGCAGGUUGCCCAUAACAAUUUCCAGUUAGCAGUGCCUGCUGUUGCGCCGUUCGCAGCUGAUGCUUGGGGAGCAACGCACAUGCAACAUACACAUAGUACUCCAUCGUUUGUUCCUGGAGGUUUCUCUGAAACGAAUCCAUUCGCCGCUGCCGUCACUGCUCCUCAACAAUUUGUACCACCUCGUGAUCCUUUCGAUACUCGUGGCGUUUUACAAAUACAGCCAAUGAUGAAUAAUACUGCUGCACGGACUGUUGACUGGGGAACAAAGGAAAACGCUGCUCCACAAUUGCAUCAUGCCAAUUCUUUCACUACUAACCCUACUCAAUACUGCUUUGGGAGAUAA